ACACCUGAACGCAGCACUCAGCACACCACACUCGCUGCAUAAACGAAACUUAAAGAGUUUACCUGCGCUUCCAAACCAGCUUUGCGGUGUCCGGCGGGACCGCGAAACUACAACUACGAGAAGAAAGUCAACUUUAUAAACCACGGCAACCAUGGCGCAUUACCGGGCUCCAGAAACCAAACGGGAACAGUUCAGGAGGUAUCUGGAGAAAGCUGGUGUAGUGGACAGCCUGACCAGUGUUCUGGUGUCUUUGUACGAACAACCUGAGAAGCCCAGCAAUGCCCUGGAAUUUGUGAAGGAGCAUCUCAAUUCUGGCGGUCAGCCUGCAACCGACACGGAGGCUCUGCAGCAGGAGGUCAACGACCUGAGGCAGAGGUGUGCGCGCCUGGCCGACGAAAACAAAGACCUCAAAUCAAGGCUGCAGCAUUAUGAACCUGAAGGUGGAGCCGUAGCUGAUUGACCACAGCAGCGCUUUGGCUCAAUCGAUGUCACGAGAUUUGGUUUGUUGGUUCCAGGUUCCGAUAACGCUGCAGCGUGAAGGCAGAGAUUAUUUUUAGGCUUUUUUUUGUGGUUGUUGUAAAUCUUUUUUCUACUUUUUUCUUAGCAUGUAACUUAUUCUGUACAUGUAUUUAUUUAGUUUAUUCCUUUGCUUUACUGAGAAAUGUCCCUUCUAUAUGGCUGGAAAAGUCAGAUCUUUAAAGAAAUACUUCAACCAUAAUAAGUUCUUCCUUUAAGGGGAAUGCCAUUAUUUUUCAGUGCUCUGUGAAAAAAAAGUGCUAAUUUAAUUUCUCUGCCAUAGUUCUUCACUGUGCAGAGCCACCUGACGGUACGGGACAAAGACACAUGUGUACUUUUCCCAAGGAGCUGGUCACCAAUAAAUAAAGUACUUCUUGUCUUGUAAUCAUC